AGGCGCCGAGCGGGUACAACCGCCAGCUCGAUACCACAUUCUCUGUUCGCGACCCCGUGCACAUCGUCAUCACGCGACAGGCUGACAUGCACGCACCCAAGGAAGUGAUUGCGUCGCAUCAUCUUGACUGGCGCCCGCUCGUGCUCGAGUCGCACAUGAACGGACGCGUGCGGUCCAAAGCGGUGAAAGUGAACGGCGUCGGAGCGUCUGCGCAGCUGCCGGCCGGUGUUGUCCAUAUUGGUGUCGACGUCACCCCGUCCUCCCUCGUCAACUUCGACGCCGAGCAAGUUGCGACGUCGUUGACAUCGGAGGCGGAAGCGCGACUGCUGCUGGAGCGACAGUUUGUUCUCCUCGCACAGCGCUGGUGGGACGAGUAUGCUGCCAUUCGCCCCUCGCACCGCCGUCGCCUUGUCAAACUGUUUGCCAGCGACGAAAACGCCACGCGCAAACCCGUCUGCGUGUGCCUGCAGCGCGUCAAGCCAGGGCGAGCGCUAGAAACACCGCGGGAGGCGGCACGAUUCGUGUCUCUCCUGCCGUACCAGCGCAGGGAGAUGUCCGGAGGACUGGAUACCGGCGCCGCUGUCCGCUGGGAGCAGUGGUCCAGCACACACGCGUUCCUCUGUGCGGGCCAGGGUGAUGUGGAGGACCACGCGUUGCUGCUCGUCGGGUUGCUGCUCGAGUUUGGACUCAACGCAUUCAUCUGUCUCGGCACCAAGCAGUGCGAGGAAGAGGGCGACGAUGACGAGCAGUUUACGGGCGAGUCUGCGUACGCGUGGGCCAUGGUCCCCGCUGAUGAUGGCAUCAUCUGGUUCUGGGACCCCAUCACUGGCAAACAGCACCAGCACUGGCGCGUGCACGACCACCAGCGGUUUGGCGAGCAGCCCAAUCACCCGUUUGUCACUGUGGACUGCGUCUUCAAUGAAACGCUGUUUGCAGCCAACGCGCAGCCGUCGAACCACGUGCAGGACUGCUCUUUCGACCUCUCAAACGAGAGCGAUUGGAAGCGGUUGAGCUCUGAUGUCGUCUUGGAUCUGCGCCAACAUCACGCCGCAUCACAACCCAUCACGCUCCAGUCCAUUCCACUCGAUGUCCACGCCGCAUCGGAAAUGCUCGAACGCGAAUUCCGCGCACUCAUCAAAGAGGAGUUUAAGGCGGCAAUCAAGCACAUGAUCCCAACUGGCCACAGCUUCAAGGGAUUUCCAUUUGAAAUGCGAACACUAAACGCCGGCGAAGCGCUGCGUGAAUGCAUGUCGUCCUUUGUCGGACAAGACAUCCUCGAUGCCCACGGGGACCAAGUGUGGCAUGCUGUGAGGUGUCGUGUGUACACAUAUCCUGAGAACGUGAUUGUGGUUUGGAUGAUGCUUGCCUGUCGCUACCUCACUGUCUCGACCUAGAACGAGAGUAUGACAGUAUGCUUGUGUGCUUAUGCGUGUGUGUGUAUGUGUGUUAUGAAGUGAGACACUUGUUGCUGCCACGGCUGUGCGCUUGCGUCGGUUCGUUGCGUGGCCUUUGUUUCCUAUUUUGUACCUGCGGUGGUAUGUACAUAACCAGCCCCCCCCCCCUCUUUCUUGUUCGCCCACACACCAACUCCCACACCACAGUGCCG